AUCACCAGAUAGGAAACAGGUGUGUGUGUGUUUCUCUAGACGGUAUAUUAACUGGGCUUUGACCGUGAACUAGUCCACUCAGAACCGAUACCAGGACUCCUGAUAGCUACUGCAGAACCACUUGUUGCCAUCAUGCUGUUUAUCUGGUUCUGUGUUUUUGUUUCUGCUUUCAUUGGUCGCUUUGUAACCGAGCAACAGCUACUCGGUGACCCACAAGAUAUCCCGGUGACCAAUGUUGAGGUUUUAGCUUCAGCACAGUUUGCUGUGUCUGAAUUAAACAAUGCCAAAACCGGGAUGACUUACAAAAUGGUGGAAAUAACAUUGGCCAAAAUUCAGAGCAUCGCAGCAUUUGUUCCAGCAUGGAACUACAUCCUGGAAACGCGCCUGCAACGUACAACGUGCAACACUGCUGAUAAAACAUGGUGUAACUCUAAACCCAAGG